AAAGCACGUGUUGCAUGGAUGGGCGUGGCUGGCUGGCUUGACUCGACUCGGAGACUCGUCGCAGGAUGGAGGGAGAAAGAGAUGUGACGCUCGCAGUUGGUGCAUAUGACGCCUCUGUAGCUUGUCUGAGUUUCAAUCCCGAGAAGGGCUUGCAGCGGAGGUUUCGCUGCAGUGGGCACUCUGGGUCGGUUCGAGCAGUUGCCAUCCACGGCCAGUGGCUAGCAACUGGGAGCACAGAUGAAACAAUCAGGCUAUAUAACCUGAGAGAUUGCUCUGAAAUUGGCAGUUUGGUGCACCAUGAAGGCUCAAUUACGUGGCUGGAAUUCAGUGGAGAUCAAAUGUACAGUGCGAGUGAGGAUGGGAAUAUUGCCGUGUGGAGAACGGGGACCUGGGAAUGCACCAAAACCCUUACAGGACACAAAGGACCGGUAAAGUGUUUGUGUGUCCAUCCGUCAGGCAAGCUAGCACUGUCAGUUGGUAGAGACAGAAUAUUGCGGUAUGUCCACCACUGUUGGUGCAUGUUGUGUAAGAUUUCAUUGACUCAGCAGUACUUGGGAUCUUUCCACUGGCAUAGCAGUCUUCAGACAGAAACUAAAAGAAGUUGCCCAGCAAGUGAAGUUGAGUGAUUGUGCUAAGUACUAUGCACUGUCUUAUAAAGUGACCAUUGACCUGUACAGUGUUCAGUCUGGCGCAUUGUCUCAACCAUCGGUGUUGGCCACUCCAUCACUUCCUUCAUCUUUAUUCCAAAUGAGAUGAUAGCAGUGAGUUCUGACCUGUCAUCAAUACAGUUGUUCUCUAAUGCCAGUGGAGAGUGCGUUGCUCAAUUGAAGGGCCACUCGCAGAGGUAUGAUAUAGAACAUUACAUCACGAUGGUGAAAACUCUUGCCGUUCUUCCGGAGAAAAACUUUCUGUUUUCUGCCUCUUCAGAUGGUAGUGUAAGGGCAUGGAAACUCACCCAACCAUUGGGAGACAGUGUGUGUAUGAGUGUAUGUGAGACUGGCUCCAGACUCAACUGCAUAGCUCUCACUUCUCACUCCUCUGAGAAACAAUCAACUACUGAAGAUAAAGGGCACAGCUGCGUGUCUUCACAGGUUUCCGAAGAAAGGAGAGAAGUAAAACAAGGUGGGCCCCCAGCUGUCCCUAUACAGAGGAUUGCAACAAACCAGAUAGUAAUACAAGUGGGUCUCGUAAUAGCUGAGUUUGCUCUUCUGACAUUCACAAAUAAGGUUGCCCUCUCCUUUACCAAUACACAGAGCCAGACUGUCUGUCUACAGAGGGUGGGAAAGGAGGAGAAGAAGAUGAAACAAACCCUGUUCCUCCAACUUCAAGGACUUUUCGCAGACAUCGACUGAGACGUCGCGGCUACGCCGGCAGAGCCAGAAGAUUCCCACGAACGCUACCAUUCUUACAUAAUAGAUCCAUUAGCAUUAGACAAUACAAACACCUUUCUAGGUACAAAAAAUAAAAUGCCUAUCACCAGAAUUAAUUAGUAGUGCUAUAAUACAAGAGCUAGCUUAUUGGAUUAUUCGUAUCGACAAUGUGCAACCAGCCAAUGAAUUACCUAACGAUCGUGAUAAGAGAAUGUUUGUCUUUGAUCAUCACAAAAAUGCAGCGACACAUUAAUAAUUAAUUAUUAUUAUACACCAUCAGGAA